CUUGAUCCUUGAACUCUCUGCGCCACAUAGUGAGUUCCCGGUUUACAGCCGUUCACUUAUCUCCAGCAAUAAACAACCGCCUCCAGGAUAAAUAGCCCGGAGCCUGGCCGUCCUGGAAGCAGCAGACGGAGCAGCAAGUGGGGAGCAGAAGAACUGGCUGGAGCGUCUGGCAAGAUGAGAGCUGUCGCCGUCUCCCUCCUCCUGGUGUUCCUCACCGGAACCCAGGCUCGCCACUUCUGGCAGCACGAUGAGCCGCAGCACACGCCCAUGGAGAACCUCCAAAACGCCAUCCACCUCUACAUGGAAACGGCAAAGGCUGGAGCCCACGAAAUCCUGACCCAGUUCGAUGCCUCGGCCCUCGGCAAACAGCUCGACCUGAAGGUGGCCGAGAACUACGAGACGCUGAGCGCGGCGGUGACCAAGUUCCGCGAGGAUCUCUCCCCGCAGAUCGAGGCCCUGAAGACGCAGGUCAACGCGGACCUGGAGAGCCUGCGGCAGGAGCUGGGCAAGGACCUGGAGGAGGUCAAGGCCAAGAUCCAGCCCUUCGUGGAGGAGUUUGGGAAGAAGCUCAAGCAGGAGGCGGACGCCUACCAGGCCCGGCUGCAGCCCAUCGGGGAGGAGAUGCGCCAGCUGGCCCAGCAGAACCUGGAGAAGGCCCAGGAGAAGCUGCGCCCCGUGGCCGAGGAGGCCCAGAACAAGUUCCGCGCGCUGGUCAACGAGCUGCGGCAGAGGGUGGCCCCGCACGGGGAGGAGCUGCGGCAGAAGCUGGCCGAGAAGAUCGCCUCCGUCCGGGAGCACGGCCUGCCCGAGGUCCGGCAGUACCAGGCCCGCGUCCAGCAGCACCUGGGAGAGUUCCGGGAGAGGGUGGCGCCCAUGGUGGAGAAGCUGCGCGAGGAGCUGGCCCCCGUGGCCCAGGCCGUGCGCGCCCGCCUGACCGAGAUGCUCACCGUCCUGCAGAAGACCCUGGAGGCCGCCCAGCAGGAGCAGCAGCAGGAGUCCUGAGCCCCCCCCCCCCGUGACCCCGUGACUCCGAGACCCUUCUCCCCCCCCCCCCCCACUCCCUCUUUGAUGCGUUUCCCGUGCAAGACCUCUCCCUCCUUUUUAACUUCUGUUUCCAAGCAUUACAACAAUAAUAAAAAUGCAAGGGAGGUCAUGGCA